UUAUUUACUCAAUGAUUAAUGAUUGUAGGGCAGGCUAUCCACCUUCCUAAUUCCCGUCUACAAUGUUGAAACCAUUCUGACUGGACGAUACAAAACAGGAGCUGGUAUAAUUUACAGCAUCAUUUGAGACUAUUAUAAAACCAGGUGCCUUAGUGAUGAAGAGCUGGUUUCUCUUUCCUCUCCUGUUUCUGGCAUGUUGUUGCCAUGGCACCUUCUCUUGCCCAGCCCUUUGCAGAUGCUACAUAUCCCCAAGAAAAACAGAGGUGGUCUGUAAUGAAGUCCCCCUCACCCAGUUCCCCUCCUACGGUCUUCCAAGCAACACAACCUCCCUCACCAUCCAGUUCACCAACAUCAGCUCCAUCUCAGAACAGCACCUGAGAGCUACACCCCUUCUACAGGAGCUCUACCUGUACAACAACAACCUGAGCACCCUUCCAUCAGAUCUCUUCAGGGGUGUCCCUCACCUGUUCUCGGUGGCUCUCUCGGGUAACGCAUUGGAUCAGCUUCCCGCCAAUGUCUUCAGCCACGCUCCACUGCGUGACCUGGUGCUGAAGAACAACCUGAUCAGCAGUGCGGAUGCUAAUUGGCUCCCUGACAACAGUAACCUCACCUGGCUGGACCUGUCAGGGAACCGUUUGACGGCCGUACCCACAGCCCUGUUCCAGAAACUACGCCACCUGAAGAACCUUGACCUCUCACAUAACCGCCUGGAGAAGCUCCCGCCAAAUUUGUUACACCCUCUGACCAAACUGGAGAGGCUGACGCUGGAGGGGAACAAACUCAGCACCCUGGACGUGUCUACCUUCAGUAACAACCUCAACCUGACACACCUGUUUCUUCUGGAGAACCGGCUUGGACAACUGCCACCAACCCUGUUCCAUGGCCUCCCAAACCUGGCUCACCUGAGUCUGGAUGAUAACCUGCUGAGCCACAUCCCUCCUGGUCUGCUGGACCAACUUCACUCCAUUGAUGAGCAGGGGUUGGACCUCACGGUGAACCCCUGGGUGUGCGAUGGCAAGGUGGAGUACCUGUGGAGGUGGCUGCAGAAGAACCAGAAGAAAGCUUUCCUGGCCGAUGACAUCAGGUGUGCCAGCCCUGAGUCUCUGAAGGAACGAUCAGUUAUGUCACUAACUGACAGUGAGCUAGGACUCUGAUCCAUCAAACCUUUUUCACUCAGAUUAUAAAUUAUCACUUUAACCUAUCUCAAACUGUGGUCUAUUGAACUCCUAUCUCAAAUGAAUCUAAGGUAAUGUUGGUCUAUUGCAUAUUGUGUAUUUUCAUCAUAAUUAUGCACACAUCCACUUAAAUAAAAAAGUGACCUGAAUUGGAAUUUUAAAUUACUUAUCUUGGUGUCCUAGCACCUUAGUCUGUUAGAAAGGGGUAUAAAUACCCCACCAACUGGCCCCACGUCUUGACUGAAUAAUAUGCCUAUUAAAUAAUGAUGUAUUAAGUAAAAUUGUUGUAAAAGUAGUCAGAUGUUAAAGGCUUAAUUAAACACGUACUGAUAAUAAUCUCUGAACAUAACUGAAGGAAAUGCAAACAACAGGCCACCGCAGUCUCUUUGUUCACAUCAACAAUUUAUAUUUGACCUGUAAAAAAAUUACCAAAUUGUCAUGCCCUGACCUUAGAGCCUUUUUUAUUCUCUAUUUGGUUAGGUCAGGGUGUGACUUGGAUGGGCAAAUCCAUGUUUCUAUUUCUUUGUUGGCCUAGUUUGGUUCCCAAUCACAGGCAGCUGUUUAUCGUUGACUCUGAUUAGGGAUCAUACUUAGGCAGACCUUUUUCCCACCUUCAGUUGCGGGAUCUUGAUAUGGUUAGUUCCUGUAUAGCCUGCAGAACUUUACGGUCGGUUUGUAUUUUUUAUUUUUUUUUGGUGUUCAUUUGAAAUAAAAUGUUCGCCUACCACGCG